ACGAUAGCCGCCAUUGUGACGGGUGCAGCGCAGGGCGCGGUCAGCAUCAUCCGCGUCAGCGGAGCAGACGCCGUGGCCAUUGCGCAGCAGGUGUUCGCGCCCUACUCUGCACAGCGGCGGCACGCGGCCGCGGCUGGCCCUGCCGCACGGCAAGCGCCCGCAGCGGGCCACCCAGAUCCCGCCACACACGCGGCGGCGUGGCAGCCGGAGAGCCACCGCGUGUACUACGGCACCGCGAUCGAUGCUGGCGGUACGGUACUGGACGAGGUACUGCUUCUCACCAUGCUGGCGCCCCGCAGCUACACGGCGGAGGAUGUGGUGGAAGUGCACACGCACGGCGGCGGCGUCAGCGCGGCGCGCGUGCUGCAGCGCUGCCUGGAGGCCGGCGCGCGGCUGGCGCAGCCCGGCGAGUUCACGCUGCGCGCCUUCCUCAACGGCCGCCUGGACCUAUCGCAGGCGGAGAGCGUGGCGCAGCUGAUUGAUGCCCGCACCGUGGCGGCCGCCGACUCGGCGCUGGCUGGGCUGUCGGGGGGCCUGGGGCGCGAGGUGCAGCGUAUGCGGCGGGAGUGUGUGGACUUGCUGGUGGAGAUGGAUGCCCGGCUGGACUUUGACGAGGACCUGCCGCCGCUGGAUGUGCCGGGGCUCAUCGAUCGCAUCCGCCGCCUCAGCCAGCAGCUGGAGGCCACGCUGCAGACGGCGCGCCACGGCCAGCUGCUGCGCACCGGCCUUCAGGUUGCGCUGGUGGGGCGGCCCAACGUCGGCAAGUCCAGCCUGCUGAACGCGCUCAGCGGCACGGAGCGCGCCAUUGUGACCCAUAUCGCCGGUACAACGCGGGACAUCGUGGAGGCAGGGGUGGUGAUUGGCGGCAUCCCCAUCACUCUGCUGGACACCGCCGGUCUGCGGGAAUCGGUUGACCUCGUGGAGCAGAUUGGGGUGGAGCGGAGCAUGGCAGCGGCCCGGCAGGCCGACAUAGUGCUGAUGGUGUUGGAUGCACAGGCUGGCUGGACGCCCGGUGACGCUGAGAUUGCAGCCCAGAUCACGCCGGCAGCGGCAGGCGCGGAUGCAAGCUCGGCGGCGCGGCAGCUGGGGGUGCCACCGGCGGUUGGCAGCCGCUUUGCUGCGGUGGUCAGCACAUCGGCGGCCACCCGGGAGGGGCUCCAGGACCUGCAGCAGGCUGUGCUGAGCCUGGCAGGAGCACCGCAGCUGGCCCCCGGCGGCAUCAGCUGGGCUGUGAACGAGCGGCAGGGCGAGGCGCUGAUACGAGCCAGCGAGGCGCUGCAGCGGGUGCAGGGCAGCAUCGCAGACGAGCUGCCCGUGGACUUUUGGACGAUCGACCUGCGGGCGGCGGUGCUGGCGCUGGGGGAGGUGAGCGGCGAGGAUGUGACGGAGGAGGUCCUGGAUUCCAUCUUCUCCCGCUUCUGCAUAGGGAAGUAG